CUGGUUAGUAGAGUCGCAUGAUGAGUGUUCAGCGGAAGGAUGGGGGAGAUCACCAGUUAAAGAACUGGUUUUUAAAGUUGUGAGCUUGAAAAGGUUUUCGGAGAGAAACUUUCAGCGCGUUCGGCAUUUUGGCCAAGAGGACUUGCAGAGUUUGUUCCGAGGAAACAACACUUCCCGUUGUUUGGGGAAAGAUUACGAUGGAUCCAGGAUACAAGCAUUGUGUAGAAGGUUCCUUCAUUUCUUUUGCUUGCCCAUCUAUGUCUCAGUGGGCUUUAUGUUGGAUCAUCAAUGUGACCAAAGUGAAAGACAUUCAUCACAAUAUACUGCAUGAAGAAUUCAACAGGACAGACCUUGAAACAGUAACUUGGCCUGAAACGCAAUCCAACCUGUACAUUGGGCUGGCACUAGCGAUCGCAUCCAGUCUCUUCAUUGGAAGCAGCUUUAUACUCAAGAAGAAGGGUCUCUUGCGAUUGGCUAAUAAAGGAAAUAUCAGAGCUGGUCAAGGAGGAUAUGCCUAUUUGAAGGAAUGGCUAUGGUGGGGAGGACUUCUCUCUAUGGGUGCUGGAGAAGCUGCAAACUUUGCUGCCUAUAUGUUUGCACCUGCCACCAUGGUUACACCAUUAGGUGCACUAAGUGUGCUGAUAAGUGCUGUGCUUUCAUCUUACGUCUUACACGAGGGAUUGAAUAUUCACGGCAAGUUAGGAUGCCUCCUCUGCAUUGUAGGAUCAACUGUAAUAGUGAUCCAUGCUCCAAUAGAGGAAGGAAUCCACUCCUUGGAUGAAUUGCAAGGAAAGCUAAAAGACACAGGUUUCAUCGUAUUUGCCAUCAUGAUAAUCCUGGUGUCUGUGGUGCUGAUUUUCUUUAUUGCCCCCAAAGUGGGACCAACAAAUAUUCUUGUCUAUAUCUUCAUUUGCUCACUGAUCGGUGCAUUUUCAGUAUCUUCAGUGAAGGGACUGGGCAUUGUUAUAAAGGAGCUGUUUGAAAACAAGGCGGUAAUCAGCAAACCAUUAAGCUGGGCUCUGCUUCUGACUUUGAUCAUUUCCAUCAGCGUUCAGAUCAAGUACUUAAAUAAAGCUCUCGAUACCUUCAACACCUCUAUCGUGACCCCAAUUUAUUAUGUACUCUUCACUACCAUUGUCAUAAUGUGCUCUGUUACCCUUUUCAAAGAAUGGAACAAUGUGCAUAUCAAGGAUGUCAUUGGAAUUAUCAGUGGAUUCUGUACCAUUAUUUUGGGCAUCUUUUUACUUCAUGCUUUUAAAGACAUUCAUUUCACUUGGGAACAGUUAGCAUCUCUCACCAAGAAAACUGCAAAAGGGGAAGCAAAUACACUUGAACAUGCUGCCUAUCAAAAAUUACUGCAGAAUAUGGAAAGCCCAACUGUCAGCUAUGAAGAUGAAGUAAAUAUAUUUAAUAGAAGUAAUGUUCAUUUACAAGAAUACAAGUAAAAUGGAGCAUUAGAAGGAAUUAUCUUCCUUAUUUUAAGAUCUGUGCAAUCAGUGAAUUGCAAGAUCUUAGGACUGCUGGACAUAUGAACAGGAUUUGCAUUGUGUUUACAUAAUUUAUACUUUUUCCUAGAUUUACGUUUACACUUGUUGGUUCAGACAGUGUUACGCAAGUAAGAAAAAAGGUGUUAACUGAUCACUUAGCAAUUUCCUUUUUAGUCAGUGAUAUUAUGUAUGCUAUAUGAUUACCUCGGUACGGUUUGCUCCACUUCAGUUCAUUCCACUGAGGAUUGAAUUUCACCUUGUAAACAUCGCUGAAGUUAUUAACUAGCACAUAUAUUGCCACAGCUAAUUUUAACAGACAGGCUUUAACAUGUAUGAAGUACACUGCAAUUUAAAUGAGAAUCAUUUGUUUUACAGAAGUGGAUUUUAGCAACCGAUUCAUUUUACAAAUAAUAUGAUUUCUGGCAAUUGAUGCUGUGCACAAUUGAAAUGAGCCACUUCAUAGCAACAGAGAAAAAAUAAGAUCUGGAAUAUAAUUCUUAAAUAUUUUAAAUAUUCAGAAACGUGUAAUUUGGUGAGGUUUGAAAACAAUAGAAAUUUGCAGUUAGUCCUGGCUGAAUAUUUACUAUUGGGAGUAAAAGUACUUGAAUAUCACUGCACAAAUUUGCUUUAUUUUUACAAAUAAAGGUUGACCUAUAAUUGAGAGAUAACUAGCUGAUUUACAGUUUUCCUAAUUUUUGAUCAGUUCUAUUAAAAUAUUUUUCAAUUUUAAAUGUUAGUUGAUUUCAACAUUCUGUUGACUUUAUCAGUUGGUGGAAACAACCUUUCACUCAUAUUUUAUAGAUGAGCAAUGGGAUAAACAUUUGCUGUGUUAUAAACAAAGUAGUCUGAAGAAAAUAAUGGUUAUAAGUGUAGUUUUAUUUGGAAGUGCAUCUAAGUAUUACAUUGGUACAAUGCAAGAAUGUAGAACACUUUCAGAAUGUAAACAAGUCUUUAAUUAUACCAGUGCUUAAGAAGAGUAGUGUGAGCUGCCUUAAUGACUAUUGCCCAGUAACAAACAUCUACAGCGAUGAAAUGCUUUGAGAGGUUGGUCAUGGCUAGAAUGAACAUUGGAUAAGUCCUCAGCAAGGACCUGGACCCAUUGCAAUUUGCCUAUCACCACAAUAGGUCAACGGCAGACGCAAUCUCAAUGGCUCUUCACAUGGCCUUGGAUCACCUGAACAAAACAAACACCUGUCAGGAUGUUGUUCAUCGACCAUAACAUGAUCAUUCCCACAGCCCUGAUCGAUAAGCUGCAAAACCUAGGCAUCUGUACCUCCCUCUCCAAAUGGAUCUGUGACUUCCUAACUGAAAGACCAGAGUCUGUGCAGAUUGAUAAUAAUCUUUCCUCAUUGCUGACUGUCAACACUGGUGCACCUCAGGGGAGUGUACCGAACCCAUUGCUGUACUCUCUCUAUACCCAUGACUGUGUGACUAGGCAUAACUCAAAUACCAUCUAUAAAUUUGCUGAUAAUACAACCAUUGUUGGUAGAAUCUCAGGUGGUGAUGAGAGGGUGUAUAGGAGUGAGAUAUGCCAGCUAGUUGAGGAGCAUCGCAGCAACAAACUUGCAUUCAAUAUCAGUAAAAUGAAAAAGCUGAUUGUGGACUUCAUGAAGGGCAAGUCAAGGGACCAGAAGCUAAUCCUCAGAGGGAUCAGAAGUGGAGAGAGGGAGCAAUUUCAAGUUACCGGGUGUCAAGAUCUGGGGAUCUAACCUGGUCCCAACAUAAUGAUGCAGCUACAAAGAAGGCAAGACAGCAGCUAGAUUUCAUUAGGAGUUUGAAAAGAUUUUGUUUGUCAAUUAAAACAUUCAAAAAAUUUCUAUAGACGUACCAUGGAGAGCAUUCUGACAGGCUGCAUCACUGUCUGGUAUGGAGGGUGGGGGUGGUUACUGCACAGGACUGAAAGAAGCCACAAAAAGUUGUGAAGUUAAACAACUCCAUCUUGGGUACCAGCCUCCAUAGUAUCCAAGACCUCUUCAAGGAGCGUAAAUCAGAAAGGUGACGUAUAUUAUUAAGGACCUCCAGCACCCCCAUUCUUCAGGAAGGAGAUAGUGAAGCCUGAAGGCAUACGCUUAGCGAUUCAGGAACGGCUUCAUCCCCUCUCCCAUACAAAUCCUAAAUGAGCAUUGAACCCCUGAAUACACCCUAACUUUUUUAAAGUAUGUAUUCUGUUUUUGUACCAUUUUAAUGUAUUUUGUAUAUAUGAAUUGUACUUUAAUUGAUUUACUGUUUUUUCUGUAUUAUCAUGUAUUGCAUUGUACUGCUACUGCUAAAUUAUUAAAUUUCACGACACAUGCUGGUGAUAAUAAAUCUGAUUCUGGAUGUUCUAAGCCAGGUAGUCACCUGGUUGCUGAUAUUUUAACAUCAAAGUUGAACAGUUGGCAGGUGAAACACUGUACUUACU